AUGAGAGUCGCUCAAGUUACAAUUGGUACAGGUGUUUCUCCACCUAACCAGGCUUACCGCGUGCGCUCACGCUUUCUUUCUACCCGCCAGGGCAAGAAUGAAUUAUCGGACUAUGUCCAAGAGCUGCGAACGCUCAUGGCUGCAAUGCAGUCUGACCCUUUGCCUGAAGCAGUCCAUGUGACAAUCUUCAUGGAAGGUCUACGUAAUGGCAUUGCCAGAACCGAGGGUUUUCGGUUUCACCCCUCUACGUUUGAAGAGGCUGUGAAAAUUGCUCUUAAUGCUGAGCAUAACUUCAAGUCGGCCAGACUUGGUUGGAAUGGAUUCAAUCCGCGCUCUGUGAGAGCAAACUACUCGGGUACCACGGCCUAUAAUAGUCCGGAACCGAUGGAUCUCAGCUAUGCUGAAGAUGAAGGUGAAGCUGAGCUUCAAGCUGCUGAGCAGCAACACGUCGUACGACGAUGCUUUACGUGCGGAAGCACUAUACACUUGCGGCCUGGUUGCCCUUUGCGUAAGCAACGCCAGACUACGAGCCAACACUCGAGCCCGAGUCAGAAGUCUGGCAUGGCACGGGGAAAUGCCGACACCCAGUAG